UCCAGAGGCAGGAGCGGCGGCGAGUGGUGGUGAUGGCAGGGGCAGGGAUCAGCACCCCCAGCGGCAUCCCCGACUUCAGGUCUCCAGGGAGUGGCCUCUACAGCAACCUGGCACAGUAUGACAUCCCCUACCCAGAGGCCAUCUUUGAGCUGAUGUAUUUCUUCGCCAACCCCAAGCCCUUCUUCACGUUGGCCAAGGAGCUCUACCCUGGCAACUACAGACCCAACUACGCCCACUACUUCCUGAGGCUCCUGCACGACAAAGGGCUGCUCCUGCGCCUCUACACCCAGAACAUCGAUGGGCUGGAGAGGGUUGCUGGGAUCCCUCCUGACAGGCUGGUGGAAGCCCACGGCACCUUUGCCACUGCCACCUGCACAGUCUGUCGAAGGAAGUUCCCAGGAGAGGACUUCAGGGGGGACAUCAUGGCGGGCAGGCUCCCUCAGUGCCCCACCUGCAGCGGCCUGGUCAAACCUGACAUCGUCUUCUUCGGCGAGGAGCUGCCCCAGCGCUUCCUGCUGCACCUGGCAGACUUCCCCCGGGCAGACCUGCUCCUGGUCAUUGGCACCUCCCUGGAGGUGGAGCCCUUUGCCAGCCUGGCAGGAGCUGUUGGCAGCUCUGUGCCCAGAGUCCUCAUCAACCGUGACCUGGUGGGACCCUUCGCUCAGUGCCAGCGCCACAACGACGUGGCCCAGCUGGGGGACGUGGUCAGUGGUGUGGAGAGGCUGGUGGAGCUGCUGGGCUGGGCACAAGAGAUGCAAACAUUGAUCCAGAAAGAGACAGAAAAGCUGGAUGCCAAAGGCAACUAGGAGAGCUGUCUCCCUGCUGCUGGAGAGCAACAGAGACCCUGUGGUGCCCAGCACAGGCAGAGGAGGAGGUGCUGGCAGGGAGCAGUGGUGGGACAGCCCUCUGGCCCUGCAGCAGCACAGCCCCCAGGGCUGGCUGGCAGGACAGGAUGCUCAUGGCUCUGCCAGCCUGGGAGGAGAGCAACAGCCCUCACCCAUGGAGGAGGAAAGCUGGAGGGAGCGCAGCCCAAAGCUGAAAACUGGUUCUGCCCUACCUGAGACUCCAGAACAGCUGAUGGAGCACCAAGCCCUGCUCCAUCCUCAUCUCACCCCACACUGGCCCCACGAGGAGCAACUCUUCUCUUGCACAGCUCUGGCUCUUGCCCCAGCAGCACAGCCCCUGAUGUCCAGCUGUGAGAGCUUCCCCAGUGGAGGGGCCAGGAGCUCCUGGGCUCCUGCCAGCACAUCAGGCAGGCUGUUUGGGCCUCCCACCACCUGAGCCCUGUAGAGGGACAGCUGUUCAAGGAACAGAGGCUGAAAAUGCCAUAAGGAUCGGGCCUUGAGGCAGGACAGCCUGGAAUGAGUUCUCCAGCUCCCACCAGACUGAGCAGCCACUGCCUCCUUCCACAGCUCCUCCUCAGCCACAGUCAUCACCUUCCAGCUGCUGCAGACUGCUAAGGUUUAUUUUUCAGAUGAAAUCUCUACUAAAUGAGGGACAAAUGCUGUCUGGGGCCUGCCUGCCCAAGUUCCUGAUCAGGAACACUGGCUCAGGCUGCUGGAAGGGCUUCUGAUUCAGGUCACUGUUAAUUAUUUAAUAAUAAAGAGUUCUAAU